UUCCGAGAAGGGAAAGGCAUUCCUUCUUACAUCCUUGUUCCUCUUCGGUCUCCCUGUUUUCUGUUGUUGUAGAAAUCAGCAAGGUCAAGGGGUCAAGCCUCAACGCCUUUGCCGGGGAGAGUUGUCGUUUUCUGGGUCCAAUAUAUUCCUUCGCUGGUUGUUUCUUGUCACCGAAAAUGGGUUUCUGGACUUUCCUUGAAGCCUUUCUUCUUUUUGCAAACUCAUUGGCAAUACUGAACGAGGAUCGGUUUCUUGCUCCAAGCGGAUGGACCUUGAUAGAAAUUCAAAGAGAUGCGAGGAAUUCACUUAAAGGGCAGAUCAUAGGGCUCAUACACGCAUGCCAGUUCUUGAGACUGCCCCUCAUAAUUUUGAAUAUCGUCAUUAUUGUUCUAAAGCUAUUCAGUGGGUAAGGUUGAUAAGAUUGCUCGCUUGUGACAUAUAUUUAUCUCUGCACAUAGUGAAUUAUUGCCUA